AGAUCCAACAUUAUAUCCAUGCCGAGUCCGUCCGAACCCCGCCGCCCUCUUCGCCUGUGAUAUCGUCUGGAGUAUCAUGCGCCCCCGCCGUCAGGAACUGGAUGAACGGCCUUCUGCCUCCUCUCUGUCAGUCUGCGCGCGCGUCGAGUCGUAGUGGCCAGCUCGCGAGUCUCUCACUGCCCACCGCGCACAACGCAUACAUGAAGGAUGAUCUGGUAUCUUUUAUAUCCUUUACGAGGAACUACUAAAGCUCCUACGCUCGCCGAGAAGAAUCCGCUGCGCGACGCCUUCGCGCGGUACGGACGAUACGCCGCUACCCAUGUCGUAACCACCCUGCUGGUCUCCGUCUCCGUCGCCGCCAUCCUCGUAUACCCCUUUCCCUUCCUCUACACCACCGACUUCAUCUAUGGCGCCUCCAUACUCCCCGAACAUGCCUGGACCGGCACCCUCCCCCUGGACGACAAGAACAGGGCCGAGCCGGACGUCAUGAUGCGCUCGAUCUGGGUCCACGGCAACUAUUUCGAAGCUCUGAACCGGAACGUCUUGCUGAGCGCUCUCGAGCUUCAGGAUCAGCUCCUCGGCCCCACCGUCAACUUCAACCCCCGCCACCAGCUCUCCCGCGAUUUCGACGUCCCCGACGCCGCGACUGCCGAUCUCACGCCGAGCCAGCGCGAUGCCUACCAUGUCAUCAACGGCCUGACUAACGAAUCUUGGUUCUUUCAAUCUCCCUUGCAGUACUGGUCCUGCUCCUCGGAGGUCAUAGAAAGAGAUGGUGACAUCAUUGCGACAGCAAAUGAAAAGAGGAUGCAGCCGACGUCAGUCAAUGUGACCCUAAGACAUUCCACCGUCUUCAGCGGGAAGCGCUUCCAGGAUCGCGAGCUCGUGGCCGCCGACGCGCUCGUCAUUACUCUCGUCCAUCAUCGAGACUCCCCAGUGGGUCGUCUGUGGCAGGAAAGAAUCCAGACGCUCAAGUAUAAGGCGAUGGACAAAUGGGAUAUGUUCGAGUAUUCUCACAGUGGGAAGACGAGCGAAUUGUACGAGUUCCAGUUUCGUCCCCUGUCCUCCCUCGACAUCUUUCUUCUGCUGCUGGCCUACUCGCUCGUCCUCGUCUACUUCUUAGCAAGCCUGUCCAAGCUGCGGGCCGUCAAGUCGAAGAUGGGACUCAUAGUCACCAUCACGGCUCAGAUUAUGCUAGCUAUCUUAUCGAGCUUCACCGUAUGUGCCGUACUGAAGAUCGAUCUCUCGAGGCUGCCGCGAUUCGGAUACCCCGUCGUCAUCUUCUCUAUGAGUCUCGAGAACGUCUUCCGGCUCAUCAAUGCCGUCAUCCUCACCCCCUCCGAGGGCAGCACCAGCAACAGGAUCGGCCAAGCCUUUGGCGAGACGGGCCACGUCGCGCUCGCGAGCGUGGCCCAGAAUCUGCUCAUCCUGUACGGCCUCUCGAAAAUAGUGUCGCCCGGCGUCUCGGCCUUCUGUGUCUUUGCGGCGAUCGCGUUAGUCUUCGACUUCUUCUACCUCUCGACCUUCUUUCUCUCCGUACUCAGCGUGGAUGUUCGUCGGACUGAGCUGGGUGACGCGCUUGCGAAGGCAUCGGUUCGAUCCCGCCGGUCCGCGCUGGACGCGCAGUCGCGCCAGACGUGGCUGGAUGCGAUGCUGGAAGGCAGGAUCGCCAUGUCGACGCGGGUUGCCGGGACCAUCGUCAUGGUUGGCUUCGUCCUGAUCGCGCAGUGGCACUUUUUCGAGAACGAGAGUGUGGCGAGAACGCUAGGCCGGAUCAUCCGAAUCGCACCAAAGUAUAAGGACCUCUCGCUAUCCUCACCCUUGCGGAACGUCCACCUAGGUAGGAGCCCGGCGUCGUGGCUAGGUCUCCAAGGCCACCAAACCGCACGGGAACUCAUCCAGGUCGUCAAGCCUAACGCCCACAGCUACGUAGCACGCGUCUUCCACCCCACGAUUUUUGUGCUUAAAGGGUCGGACCGGAAUCUCUCCGCCAACGAUCCGUGGUUCCCACCGGCCGUGUACGACUUCGUACGCCACCAAUCGAUCCCCUUCCUCGUUAUCGUACUCGUCAUUGCCGCGGCAGUUCGCUUGUUGAUGAACUAUCUCCUCUGGGACGAACUGGCAGACGCCGCAGAAGUUCACACGCCGUCCACCGACUCUCUCCUCUCCGUCCAGACGUUAAGCCAGGGCCACUCGUUAGACGUAGCUCUGCUUUCGGCGUGCUGCGAUGGCCAUCUCGUAUCGGUUGGUCUGGACCGAGUCAUCCGAGUGUGGAAUAUGAAGGCUGGGGGGAGGAGCUACGUCCUAGGCGAGGAUGAAGAUUCGUCCUCUAUCCCGUUCCCAAUUCUCGCCAUGUGUAUCGAGGAGGAGUCUCACUGGCUGGCGCUCUUAACAUCGAACAGGGUCCUGCUAUGGAAUCUCGCCGACUUUCGAUGGGGGCCAACGAUCGAGUUCGAAGCUGAUCGACACAAGCCGGAAGCUUUCUUCUUCGUUCCCGACGACUCUAUGGCCAUCCCGGGUCUGUUACUUAUCGGGCGGGACGGCAUAAUCACGGAACUAAGCACGGUUCGAACGGAGCCCAGUAGCUACUUGCUUGCCGGAGAGGGCGCGAUUGUUUCCGUCGGCGCUCUGGCAGAGAGGGGGUUCCCCGCUCAAGUCAUGGUUUCUACGCGCGAGGGUCGAGUGUGGAUGGCCAGCCAGGAAGGUUCCAGCUGGUCCUCGAACGCCGUGCCCAUGAAGGCCCCGAGAGACCGCGAAUUUAUCUCGAUUCAAGCCCUACCGGAGCUAGGCUUUUUUCUCGUCAUCCGUUCCCAGACGGCGGACCUGGUAGAUUCGCUGACCCUGAGGGCGAUCUAUACCUUCAAGGUAGACCCUAUCCAUCCAAAGAGCAUGAAGUGUUUCCACUCGCGACCGCGGCGGAUGCGAUGCGGCUCGGUCGCCCUGUGGAGCUUCACGCUAGCCUACAUCAAUACAUACACUCGGGACCUAAUAGUGCAGACGUAUAGCCCGCAGCACGAGGGGGAGUCGCUGUGCUUCUGUGACCCUGCCGCCCCUACGAGAAAGACGUGCUGUCCGUGGCAGAGAGCUAGGGAGUCCCGACGGGUUAUCAAGAAUCCCGGAGUUUGGGAUGCGCUGCCCUCCGGAAUCAUAGUAGGGGUAAGGAGAAAGCUUGCCGGGAACUACCACACGGAACCUCAAUAUACCCCGCCGCCACUGCAGCAGCUUAACGGCCUUCGGCGCCGCCGCCAAGUGAAGCAACCGACGGGCAGCCAUACCCACCAAGACAACUGGGAGAUAUGGGUGUUCUCCCAUUUCGGCAAACAGGAAUCGUGGGAGACGGCCCCGCUGUGCCCGGAGAUCGAAGACGACGGACACCUCUUCGUCACGAACCUCGGGCCGAUGGUUCGGGUGGGCCGCUCCAGCGUGGCCGUGGGCCUGAGCAACGUGAUCAAGGUCAUCAUGGUGGGCAACGAGAGGUUCGAGACGGGUGAAGAUUCCCAACCCGGCGACGGGAUGCCCGCACUGGGAAGUCGUAGGCGUAAGGGGCCUUCGACCCUGCGCGGCAAGCCCACGAUGCAGUGCCCUCACUGUUGAGAAGGAUCACACGGAGUUUAGGUGGAUGGCCGGAUUGCCGUUUUAAUGUGUGUUUCUUCUUUGUUCUUCCCUCGUUGAAACAAACUGGGUUGGCGCUUCAGGGCCGGGGGGGAUAUAUAAACGGGGAUUGGAUUCCAAUGGGAGUAGGGGACGGAGGGCUGGCGGUUCAUGAUUGCAUCAGUGGAUAUAUAUCGGUCAAACGAUCUGGGAUGGUAUUCAUGGGUUUACACGCAAAACACCACACACAUCAGUGAGCUCUACAUAUACACUCGGGAUAUAUGGGCUGAGGCGUUUUACGCUAUUUGACGUGUAUUUCGUAUCGCUCUGUCACGUCCCCCCUUCUCUCUCUCUCUCUCUCUCGCCUCUCUCUCUCUACCUACGGCGGCAAAUAGAACCAAGGGAUGCGGUUUGGGACGGUCUUACGAUUUAGAACCACAAAAAGGGAUGGGCAGAGGAGCGUUGCUUGUCAACGAUUGUCACAUUGCAUCUACUCCAGCUGGGCGGCCUGUUGCCGCCGUCACUGUCUUAGACAUUGCAACGUGGGCACGAAGCACGUGUGAGCUUAGAUAGGCGGCACUCACUCCGGGCUACUACUACCAGGCGGAUGAGGCGAAGGCUCACGUAAAAAAAAGUUAGCCGAUUAGAUAGACGGUAGACGACGUCUCGUCUUGGAAUCAACAGCUAGUUGAAUCAAUACCCGGGGUGAUU